AUGUCACUCAAUAAGGGCACAUUUCCACCCCAUCAACAACCUUCGGGGGUUCUUGCCAUCCGGCCUUCGUCAGAAAAUCAUGAGAUUGUUUCAAUGGAAGUCAGUGAUCAGUUUCCUGACAGUGAACAUUUUAAGGAUGCACUUAGAAAUUUUGCUAUCAAACGCAAUUUUAACUUUACAUUCAUCAAGAAUGAUAAACAGAGAGUGAAUGUCAAGUGCGCUGUUGAAGGUUGUGAAUGGCGUGUCCAUGCGUCCAUGGAAGAUAAUGAAAUGGAUGCGAACUGGAUGUGGUUCUUGUCAAAGCUUGGAGAUACUAUAUACGAUGAUGACGAAUAUGUGAAAAUUAUUACAUUUAUAUCUGAUAGGUCCAAGGGCCUUAUCAAUGUUGUCGCGAAGGUAUUCCCUUCCUCACCGCAUGCAUAUUGUUUGCGCCACUUGGAAGCAAACUUCAUGAAAGCAAAUGUUAGACUUGAAUUCGAUGAUGCUGUUGCCAAUCUGUUAAACACAUCGGCGGAUGCACAUCAAUGGUUGAUGCAGAAAUCCGAUCUGGCACACUGGGCGAACUACAUGUUCAAAGGUGAUAGAUGGGGGGAGAUGUACUCAAACGUGUCAGAGUCAUUUAAUGCAUGGAUAAAAGAGGCACGCCAUCUCCCUGUCACAAACAUGGUAGACUCAAUAAGGUUUAAGCUGAUGGGCAUGUUGUGUCAUCGACGUGAACAAUCUCAAAGAUGGGAGAGACGUAUAUGUCCUGUCAUUCAUCGAAAGAUUGAGGAACUUGUUGAAGAGUCUCGUAACCUACUGGUCGGCCGUUCCGACGGUGACCAUUUUGAAGUGGUUGACCAAAAGAACUACUGCAUCAGUUUGAACGCUCGGACAUGCUCAUGUCGUAGGUGGCAGGUGUAUGGCAUUCCAUGCAAACAUGCAUGUGCGGCAAUACUGCAGACAGACACAAAUAUUCAUCGAUAUAUCGUUGACUACUUCACGGUGGACUCUUACCGACAAGCAUAUGCAGAAGCCAUAUUUCCAGUACCAGAUAAUGACAAACCAGAUGAUAUCAACCGCGAACUACUUGUGCGCCCUCCAAUCACCAAGAAGCCAGUUGGUCGGCUAAGACGGAAGCGUCUAGGGUCACAACCAUCAAGCGUUCAUGAAUUACGAUGCAGCCGUUGCCAUGAUGCUGGUCAUAAUAGUAGAUCCUGUAAUGUAUCGAUAGCUGACUGA